UUCUUAACUGAAACGCGAAUUUCCAGCACCCACAAAUGCAACACGGAGGCAAUGACAGCUAAACAGACGUUUUCUGUAAAAUCCGAGGGUUUUGAACGCAGCAUCAAUGCUACAUCGAUGGCUAGCACUAGCAGCUAAGCUGAGCUGCUGAAAGACAGUCUGGCGCUGAUAUUUUUGGCUACAGUAGAUUUAUUACAAAUUUCAGGCAAUGUCUCAGCACUGCUGAACCAUGGCCAGAGUUCAGAUCAGAAAGUACCAGGAUGAUGAUGAUGAGAGCGUGAAGGAGAUCUUCACCAUGGGGAUGAAGGAACACAUACCUUCAACCUUCACGCACGUCCUAAAGCAGCCGCUGACCCAGAUGGUGCUCAUGUGCACAUUCUGUSRUCUCCUGACCAGCUCCAAGUCCUUCCUCCUGCCCAUCCUGGCGGUCAGCCUUCUUCUGGCCGCAGGCCGGCACGUGGUCGCUUCCAUGUUUACUGAUUACAUAGAAGACUCCCUGAAGGCUGACCUCAGCAACAUCAGUGAGAUUUACCUGGAAAAGAAGAACUCGUGUUUCUGGGUGGCUGAGAGCGAUGGACGGGUGGUCGGGACGGUGGCUUGUCUUCCUGCUGAAAAUGCACCCGAGUGCCUGGAACUGAAYCGCAUGUCAGUGCGCCGCAGGUAUCGUGGGAUGGGCAUCGCCAAGACUUUGUGUCGGACGGUAGCAGAGUUUACUCGUGACAGGGGAUACGCUGCUGUCAUCCUGUCCACCUCUAUGGUGCAGACUGAUGCUCAGAAACUCUACGAGCACAUGGGUUACCAGAAGAUAAGAGAGCUCACUCACCCUGGCUUUGUUGCCAAAAUCACCAACUUCACCAUAAUUGAGUACAGACUUGAUUUACAGCCUGAUGAAAAAGACUGACACUGAAGAUUUUGUAUCUCUGACUGUGUAUUAAAGCUGUCAGAACAGAA